UUCCUCAAGUGUCAAACGAGGUUCAUAUCUACAUUGUAAUUGCUCAGAUACGUUGUCGCGUAUUCUCAGCGGAGUGUGGUUACCUGACUGUGAACUGUAACGGAGAUAAUGUCCGAGUCUAUCAAGAAUGUUGUGAUUUUCGGUGCCACUGGGAAGACCGGGCAGGUGACCUUACAACUGGCGGCUGCAGCAGGUUACAGUGUGACCGUGCUGGUUCGGGAACCUGCUCGGCUGCCAGCAGACCACAAGGCCUCCAAGGUGGUGGUUGGCGAUGUGCUGAAGAAGGAGGAUGUCAAGAAGGCCAUGGAGGGACAGGACGCUGUUAUCAUCGUCCUGGGCACCAGGGACGAUCUCAGUCCCACUACUGUGAUGUCUGAGGGAACCAGGAACAUUCUGGAAGCCAUGAAGGCUCGUGGAAUCAGAAAAGUGGUUGCUUGCAUGUCAGCCUUCCUCCUGUGGGAGCGUUCUAGGAUGCCCCCGCGGCUGAUGGCAGUGACGGCCGACCACGACCGGAUGUUCAUGGUGCUGAAGGAGUCUGGGCUGGACUAUGUGGCCGUCAUGCCUCCCCACAUCGCUGACAACUUCCCCUUGACUGAGAAGUACACUGUGACAGAGAACACGCUGAAGGGAAAGGUCAUCUCUAAGUUCGAUCUGGCUCACUUCUUUGUGAAGUGUCUGUCGACGUCUGACUGGGAUGGGAAAUCUGUGGGAGUGUGUGGGGAGUACACCCAGCCAUGAAGACACUAAACCAUCUCAUCUCUGUUUCAGACUUUCUAGAAAGGUGUAUGCUUGUGCCAGUUCACUCAUUGCACAAACCAAUGGCAGCUUUGGCUUUGGACUUGAUUUUUUUUUUUAUAUAUAGCUUUUUAUAACAAUGCAUGUGGAAUGUGUUGAAUGAGUAUAAUGUAAUAUGUGAAGCGGCAAAAUAAUACCCUAAUAAUCAUAAUUUUGUAAAGUACACUUUCUGAAAUAAAUGUUUUACAAUGAUAAA